CCUGGGGGGGUGGCAUGGAGGGGCACUCCAUACCUCCUGAACACCUAGCCGCCCUGCCCAUCCCGAGGCACAGCGGAACGUCUUUCCAGGGCACCUGCCAGCCACGCCUGGUCAGUCCGUGUACCUGGUGGGCCUCUGGCGGCCCUGGGGACGAGUGACGCCUCUGAGGGGCGAGUCAGGGCCAGGAGCUGCACAGCUCAUUGUCGUCUAAGGAGGAACAAUUCGGGGCCAACACACGUCUGUCCAGGGCUGAGCCGCUACACCGAUGAGGAAGUGGUUACAGUUUACUCAGAUGCUCCUGAAGGCUGACAGCUGGACUUCUGCCCAAAGGCCCGAGUGCUUGGCGACCAUGAGAAGCGGGCACCGAGCACAGGAUAAACGGUGCCUUCUUCCACCUGGACCCCGGGCUCCGGUCCCACGCGGCCUUCGUCUCUGGACUCGUCGGAGUCCCUGGGAAGGGACUCCCGGGGACAAGCGUCUCUCCCAGCCCGCAGGAGAACCCCGUGCCGCGUGGUGCUGAGGCGCCGGGCGCUUGGGGCGCGGGGACACCCGGAAAAUGGGAGAGUAACACCACCAGCAGGUCCGAGCUGACGAACAUUUGGGGGCUGUGUCAGCGCUGCUGUGGACAAAGUGGACAAUCGUGCACGAAUCUUAGUGUACGUAGAAGUUUCCAGUCCCCUCGGUCACCACCUAGCGGCGGCAUGGAGGACGCACGCGGGAGGCAUGUAUCCGAGUUCAUGAGGGACAAGAGGGCUUUCCCGAGUGGCGAGUGGCCGUGCCAGGCUGCAUUCCCGCCCGCAGUGCGGGAGCUGGUGUCUUGGUGUGUCAGUAAAAAUACCUGCCAACCUCGUACAGCAUGUGAACUGAUGUGGACGACAUCGCAGAACGCCUCCUCCGCUGGAAAGCCCCAGAGACACGGGGGGCCGGGGGCAGAGAGCGGGAGUGCAGAGAAAAUGCCCCUUGCCCAAAGGCGUGGCGGGGUCCGGGCACAGGCCUCCAGGGAGAUGGACCCCACUCUGGACCCCCAUCCAACUCCCGUGGGGCUCCUGAUGGACACGAGGCCCUGGAAACGCCGAGGGAGGCCCCUCGCUGAGGACUCUGACCUCCGGCCGGCGGGGACAGGCCGGCUGGGGGGUUUCUGGCUUCCUCGUUUAUGGACGCAGGCUCCGGGCUCUGUCUAGGCCGGGGCUUAUGUUGGCCGACACGGACUCCUGCUCCACCGCGGGUAAGGCCCACGCUAUCCCUUCCCCUCCCUGGGUCCCGGCUUGCUCAUCUGUAAAAUGGGGCAGCCGCCUCUUACUCUCAACAGGACCAAACGAAGAAGGAAGUCAGGCCUCCUGCUCCCGCCCACCCCGCCCUGCAGUCCCUGCCCUCAGCCAGAUCUGCUCCUGGCCCUCCCUCCCUCCUUCCAGGAAGCCGGAAGGGCAGCCAAACCCACAGAGGAGUUCGCAGCCUCUGGCUCAGGCUCGGCCCUGUGGAACCAACAGCCCUUUGUCUCCUCCUGGGGACCUUUCCAGAGAGGACUUAGCCCUUUGUCUGCCCCAAGGCCACCUCCGCCCCCUCCCCUGGCAUCACAACAGCCCUACGGGGAGUCUCUCCGGGCCCCUCCAGGCUGCCCCUCACCCGUGCAACGUCCCUCAGCGGGGAGCGCCAGGGGCUCUGAGCUCUGGGUGGCGGCUGCGGUGGGGAGGGGGCGUGGAGGGGACGUGUCGGAUGGGGGCUGGUUGGCUGUGCACGGGGCGCAGGCCUGGGUCAGGGAAGGGGCAGAGGCUGGCUGGGGGAGAUGGGAGCCAGGGCCGGGUAUCCCUCCUCGGGCAUCUCCUCGGUGGGGGGGGUGGCGGCAAAGGGCAGAAGCGCCCUCGAGGGGCUGCUCAGGACUUGUCCCGGGAUUGAGUUCGGCCUUGGCCACUAACUCCCUGAGUGACCUCGCGCAAAACACGUCCAAGCCUGUGUCUUCAGCUGUAAAAUAAGAGUAAAGCAGAGAUUCGAUGUCAUGAGGCCUGGCCCGCGGGAAGGCUCCAGCAGCAGGUGUUCGUAGGAGACCUCGGAUGGGGCAGCGGGGGCGGAACUUUUUCUUUUUUCUCUUUUAAGUAAGCUUCAUGCCCAAGGCGAGGCUUGAACUCAUGACCCUGAAAUCCAGACCUGAGCUGAGGUGGGUGGGUGGGCAUCUCUGGCCACCCCUCGUUGGCUCUCGCCACGUCCCGCGGGCCCGGCCUGGGCUGCGGGGCGCACCUGUCUGGGGGCUGCGGCCAGGAACUCGAAACCUGAGUGGCCUGUGCUCUUCCCAGGAGGCCCCGCUGUGGAGUCACUUUUAGAGACUGUACCGCAAGCCCUGGGGAAGACAGUGGGGUCAUUGCUGACAGGUCGUCGAGGCUCUGAGCUCAAGGCUCAAGGCCACAGGACUAUGGGAACAGAGCCCCACGGUCCCCCCGGGAGCUGCUUAGGGAACAGACCCAGGGCAGUCGCCUCCAAGGCCCGGAGACUGCACACCUUCCCUGCACACGCUCCGGUAAACGCCGGAUGCGCGUUCGGUCCGUGUCUGGAGGCUCGCUGUCUUUUCCUUCCGCGCUUCAACAUUCUCUGGUGUUCGCCCGCCCCGGCGAACGCGAAAUAAAGACUACGAGCAGGUUGCUGCUGCCGCCGUUUCGCUGGCGGAGGCAGCCCUGCACAUCCGCUCGGCCUAAGUGUCUGAGAACUCGGUGCGGGGCGCGUCUACACCCCACGCGGAGAGUUGCCGGCUUCUUGCGAGAGCCCGUCCAGAGGCGGAGGCUUCGGGACCCCUUGCGGUGGACGCAGCUGGGCAGCGCCUGGGUCUGAGGGGGCGAGCUGGGGGCCCAGACCAGGCCGAGCGGGUACAGGAGGCGCUGGGGGCUGGCGGGACUCGGCUCGGCCUUGGGAGAUGAGGCCGGAGGGGAAGGGGGGGGCACGAAUGACCCGCCUGGAGGCUGACCCGGAGCGGGGAAGAGAGGGGCCCCCGGGAAAUGGAGUCUCUUCCAAGCGCUGCAUCCCUUGGGUGCCCAGCGUACGAGAAAAGGCAGGGCCCUCGAUGAAAACUUCUAAGGGGCGCCUGGUGGCUCACGGCCGAGGGUCUGACUUGAUUUUGGCUCGGGUCAUGAUCCCAGGGUGGUGUGGGAUCGAGCCCUGCGUUGGGCUCUGUGCUCAGCAUGGAGACUGCUUGGGAUUCUCCCUCUCUCUCUCUCUCCCUCUGCCCCUCACCCCUGCUCACGCUCUGUCUAAAAAAAAAAAAAAAAAAAAAAAAAUGUUAACAAUUUCAGGAUGUGCCCGUCAGAGCUCCCUGCCAGGCAGAGGCCCUUCUGUGUGGCCCUACAGGUGGCAAGCCCGUGACACAGUGCUGGUGCUGUCUUCUCGUGGAGUCGCUGAAGCCUGGAGGGAAAGGCUCCCCUCAGACUUCUCGAAGCUCCUCUCCGGUCCUGCCUGCAGCACCCGAAGUGUCUCGGAUUUAACUGAGUGGCCUGCAUUUUAUCUGGGAGCCCGCCCUGAGAUGUGUCCUGGGAUUCGAGAGCAGGAGUCAGCUGAGGUAAGGAACAGUCUAGAGCUUGGGCGGACGACCAUCAGGCCAUCCCUCUUGCCUCUUUUCUGCUGUUCACCGGUCUCCCUCUCCCACCCGAGAGGUUCAGACCCUCCGGGGACACGGCCGCCACAUGCUCCCAGUCCUACUCAUGACGACACCAGCCGCCUGCAGAGCCCGACUGGCCCAUCUCUGGCCCUGAGAACGAGUGGCCCAGCUGGGGCCAAGGCGCACCUCUGGUCCAUUGGGAUUAGGAGAGCAGAAGGUCAUGGCCCAGAACAUGCUGAGCCCCAAGUGGGCCUGCUGGGACCCACGGGAAGAGACUCAGAGGCGGCUGUGGGUCUCAGCCCCACAUGAGCGGCCCCUGGGGCCCGAGUCUCUGGACACUGAAGGGGAGGGUAUAUCCCAAAGAGGCCUCUGCAUCUUUUCGGAGGGAACAGGCCUGAGCUGGGGUCUGAGGACAGGUGAACAGAGCACCUGUCCCGGGGACGGAAGUGCACGUGGGGAAUCAGGCGAAGCCCCAGCAGCUGGAGGUUUGUUACACGGGGAAAGAACCGGCCCCUCCCAAGGGAUGAAGCCGGCUACCUGUCCAACGCGGACAGUGGGUAGACGGCAGGAAGGACUUCCUAGGCGAGGGGCCUUUGGAGCCGGGAGGGAGGGGUGCGCGGAGGCCGGGUGUGGGGAGAGGGCCAGGGAGCCAGCCUCCCUCCGGCCUCCAGCAGAAGCAGCCCACGGUGAGGAGGAGCCGUCGAGGCCGCACGGGGGGGAGCCACCUGCCAGCCCACGCAGGGUCUGCUGCCUCGCGGAACCCACCUCGCGUGGGGACCGGUCCAGGGGUCCCCUACCUUGACCAGGCAGCCGACGACCCCGCCCCGGGGGGGGGGGGGGAGACCCACUCAGGGAGGCCGCCUGCUGGGUUCUGAGAGGGGCCUGGGUCCCCUGCGGCGGAGACCCGGUGACCCCGGUGCUGGUGGCAAAAGGCGAGGCCGGAGCAAGCCGGAGUGCACGUUAAAUAAAGGUACACACACACACACGUACGCACGCACGCGCGCGCGCGCGAACCCGCAUGGGCCUUGUCACUAAGGGGAGGGGGCCUGGGGCGCGCGCAGCUCCCACGCCCCAGCUCUGGCCCCUCUGCGGUGUCUGUGCGAGGACCGCACCGUGGUGACCCCGAGGUCCUGAGAACAGGUGCGGCAUCGCCACAGCGCGGGUGUGCCGGCUGCCCAGGGCGCGCGCGGGGUUCGCCGCGAGAACCACGCGGGACUUCCGGCCAACCGCUCACAAAUAAGGACCAUCUGGGCCCCGGACCGGGCUUUGCAAUCAGUGGGCACACCUGCCCCUGAGCUGCCCCCCGCCCCAUCCGGCUCCCUCGCUUCCCGAAUCUAGUCACGAGGCGGUGACCGCCGUGGACCUGGGCGCUGUGUCUUCAAGCCAACACGGUCCCGUUUCUGACCAUCCUGGUUGCCAUACCAGGAGCCCUGGGAGAAAUCCACCGGCAAGCAAUUGACUAUGCAACGGGCCCGCCCCUGGGCGGCAUGGAGCAGGGGCCGGGGUGGGAAGGGAAGGCCCCCCGCCCCCACCGUGGCUUUUCCACGCAGCCGGAAGAGUGUCCUGCAAAGUCACCCCCGAUGCUUGUCAAAAUGUGUGCGUACCGUCAAUGUCAGGGGUUCGGUCAAUACCUGUGCUCUCACUGCCGACAGAUUAAAUGGCAAGACUGAAAACAGCCACAGUUUUCACGCGGUGAGGGGUGUCAAUUUCAAGAUAUCUGGACAACGGUGAUCGAUAUAGCAAGGUCACGGGGAACACUGUCUUCAGCUGUCUCUGGCCCUGGCCCUUGCCCGUGCUGGUCCCUCAGCCUGGACCGCCUGCUCCCCUUGUCUCUAUAGGGCCGGGCCUCACUCAGCCUCUGGGCCCAGAUGUUGCCUCCUUCGGGAAGGCUUCCCGGAAGCACACCCCCAACUCUCAGCCUCUAGGCAGGUGCCUAUGCACGAGGUUCUGCAUGUGUCCCCACAAGCCCAGAUGCCACAACCACUGCCACCACCUGUUUCUGCCUCUGUCCCCCCCACAGGGGACCCUUCAGCUGGAGACACCGAGUCUCUCCUCUUUUUUUAAAAAAAAAAAAGUUUAUUUUUGAGUGAGAGAGAGAGAGAGAGAGAAAGUGGGGGAGGGGAAGAGAGGGAGACACAGAAUCUGAAGCAGCUCCAGGCUCUGAGCUAUCAGCACAGAGCCCGAUGAGGGACUUGAACUCACGAACCGUGAGAUCAUGACCUGAGCUGAAGUCUGUCGCUCAACUGACUGAGCCACCCAGGCGCCCCUCUCCUUCUCUUACCCCUGAGUGGCCGGGGGAUCCCAGCACGGAUGAGGCCUUGGCCAAUGUGUGCCGAAUGAGUGAAUGACCGACUUCCCUGAGGCCCGGUGCCCACUCAGAGAAAACUGGAAUUAAACUCGGGCCAUCGGAGGCCAGCUGGAUGCGCCUCGGGUAGGGACGGGGUGGGGGGCGUCCUUGGAGCCCAGACUCCUCUGAGACUGAGGAUCUUUGAAGUCCAAGGGCUGCACAGGUAGGGCCUUCGUUCUCGGCAGAAUCACCAGGGCCCGGGAUGUCAGACCCACCUCUGUCCUCACCUCGCACCCCCGGCCCGGAGGCCUCAUCCCCCACCAGCUCAGAAAGCUUUGGUCACACCCCGGGACCCGAGGACCACACCUGGAGGCACCAUUCUUGCAGAAGCUUUAUUUAUUCGUGGAUUGAAAUUUGGGGUCCAGGCUCAGCUACCUCAGUGCCGUCAGCCCAGCACGAGCCACGUUGACCCAGGUUGACCCAAGCCCCACCCCUGGGACCCAGGAACACUCAUUUCUUUGGUAAGGUACUGUUUUGCCAGAUCAUGUCCCAGAACUCUAGAGGAUAAUCCCACUCAAAGCAGAGGCCCGUGAUGCCUAAAAGCUUGCAGUGGCCACAGAUUCCUGUGAGCACUUUCUCGAACUGGUCGGGGUAGACGGCAAAUUUCAUGCCAUCGUCCUUCCCGAAUGUGGCAGAGCGCCCUAUAUUUGUGUGUAGGUUCAGGGACCGGAGAUACAUUUUGUAGUAGCCACUUAUCCAUGUGAUGUGCUCUCCCGGAUAGAGGAUGAAUUCCUGUGGAGUUCCGGAUGACGGGCAACCAGACACGGUGGUCCAGGAGGGUCCAUAUCGCACCUGGAUACUGGGAGACAGGGAAGCGUUGGAGGGCCAGACCUGGGCCGAAUCAGCACUCCCCAGGUGCUCUAUCGCCUGGCAAGGACAGCAGCCCUGUCCCUACAGAAUAUCAGGAAAAACACAACUGGUGCCUUUGGUGACGAAUCACAGACGGGACGGUGUCGUCAGCGGUGGAGUUCUACACGGGCACGAAGAAGGCAUGGGGCCGCUCCCGCGGCACUGCUCCUCGGCCCCAGGAACCAGGCUCGGUAGAAAGCAGGGUGUUGGGGAAGGCCCCAGUAGGUCACAAGAAAAGGGGUGCGAAGAAUGGCCUCGCGUGUGCGCUGACCCGCUCUGAAAGGGCCGCUCACCUCACUGGGAUCGCUGGGAUGGCCGUGCUGGAGGGUGGGGGCGGGGCCCCGUCUACCCGGCACCUCCCGCAAGUACAACAGGUGUCUGGGCCAGGGGUCCGCGGACUGAGGCCCGCAGGCCCCAUCCAGCACCCCCGCCCCGCCUGUGUUAGUGCGACCCAUGAGCUAGAGCACUUUCUACAUUUUUAAAUACUUAGAAAACCAUUGAAACGAAGAGUAGCACGCGAAAAUUCUACGGCAUUCCAGGGCCGUUGCCCGCAGAUAACGUUAGGAGCACACAAGCAAGGCCAUUCAUUUGUGUAUCGUCUGGGGCUGCUGUCACCCCACAACAGCGGAGCCGAGCAGUUGCGACAGAGACUUUGUGACCCGGAAAACCUAACACAUGCGAUCUCGGGCCCUUCACCCACAAAGUCAGCCGAUCCCGGGUGGGUCCCCGUUGCCCGCCCUGGAGCAGAGGCAGCCUCGUCCACAGCCAUUCACAACCCGCCUUCGGAGCCCCUCUCUGCUCUGGCCUUGGCCCUUCCUUGCGGCCCUGCACCCGUCUCCCUCGGGAGGCCCCUUGGGGCUCAGGCCCCUGCUGACUCAGGUUGGGAGGUAAGGGCUCCCCGACCCGUCCUCCCAGUGCUCUCGCCGCUCCCAGGGGCAGUCAGGCCCACAGACGGGGCAGGCGUGGGGCGGAGGGCACGGGCAGCUGAGCCCGUCCACAGGCCCCCAGAACCUGCAGGGGGGGGCCGGGGGCGCAAUAGGCCCGGGCGCCCGGCAGGCACAGCUCUGGAGGAAAGGCCUGGCGGCCACACAAAGGGGACUCUGUUCCGAUCCUGCCACAGCCGCUGGGCGCUGUCGAAGGUUUUGCUGCCAAUUCACGUGCCAGGCUGGCUGGGCUUUGCGCCCAGAGGAGGGUCCGUGUGGACCGGAACUCCGGGAAGCACCACCUGGGGUGGGGGCUGGGAGAAGAGCCGGCCGCUGCCCAGACAACGGGGGUGACAGCACGGGCCCGAAAGCGCACGCAAGGUGCACGUUCAGAGUGCGUGAACGUGCGCUCACAUAUGGAUGCGUCCUCCCCACGCACCGGGGUGUGCACACGGCCCGCGCGCGCACACACACACACACACACACACACACACACACACUCGUGCACACGUCUUUCAGAAGGUCAGCCCUGCCCCCUCAGCUACCUGCCCACCGCGGCCCUGGGGAGACUGAACACACGCCCUUUGUCCCUGGGGGGUGGGGGCAUUUGCAAGGCGGUGACCUCAGCCUGCCAGGAGCGGGACACGGGGACUUCUUUCAGCAGGGGUGGGAGGUUGCGUCCGAUCUCCCGGCCCUCUGGUGCGGGGCUGGGGGGCACCGCUCUGUGCCCGCAGCCUGAGGCACAGAGGACGAGAAGGCCUCACUGCCCGCUGAUGCCACGCUCCGAGCUGAGCAUUUUUCUCCACUCUGCCCGGAGAAGCUGAGCGCUUUUAGUGGAACGCCGGGACACCCGAGCGUGCGUUUUGUCUCAUCUUUUAUGGGAUUAAAAUCGCUCUAGUGCGAGUGUAGAAAAAAAGACGGACCAUCCCCAAGCGUCAGCUCCGGGGGGGCAGGACAUCCAGGCUCCGAUUCCCCGAGGCCGUCCUGGCACACGUGUGCGUGACCCGGUGCAUCGGUCGGCUGCGGCUGCUGUGACAAACAGCACGUCACCUCCCUCGGGCCUGGCCUCCAAGGGCCAUCGCGCUGAGGGUGAAGGCUUCCGCACAUGAAUGGGGACACGCACACGCAGUCCACAGCCCUGGUCGGCGUCUACCCGAGACUCCCCUGGGGCUGGCACCCCUCCCCCACUGCUCUCCCGACCUCCUCCCGGGGCCCUUCCCGCUGACGCUGACGGCACCGCUGACCUUGUGGGCUCAGCACGCCGCCGGCCCCGGGACGUCGCUGCUGCCCGAGCUUCCGACCCGCCCACGUUCUGAGCCUGCUCUCUGCUGCCUGUGUGCCGCCACUCCGGGCCUCCGUCUCUUGCUCUGUGCGCGGGCCCCUAACGGAUGCCCCUGCAUGAGGUCGUGAGGCAGAAGAGGACAGUGUGCAGGUCUCAGCAAUCUGUCUGUGUUCCUGAGGACGCGGUCAGAUGGCGCCCCCUGUCCCUUUCGGUAUCAGGUGCCGGGGCCACAUCAAACUGGUUUUUGAAUCACGCGCUCGGCUCCUUCCCAAGGAUGGUUGAGCCCUCCCUGUGUGGGCUGCCGAGGGCAGGAGCCCCGUGGGGGCGUCUCUGGGCUGGGGGGCCACCUCCCAAUAGCGAGCGGAUGCCAUCCACACCGCACCCACGGGAGGGCCCGGAGCUUCCCAAGACCAUGGCUCUCCACCAAGGGCAGGGGGUCCGAGUGGACCCAGGCAAGCUAGAGUCUUCCAAGUAUUAAGUCAGCAGACAUUCUCCCCAACAUUUUACUACGCAAAUAUUGGAGCCUGUUACAAAGUUGAAAGAUUUUCACAGCCGACACCUGACCUACUCACACUCGGCCAAUUACCAUGUUAUCGUUUUUGCACCGUCGUGUCUGUGGAUGUCCGUGUGACCAGCCGGCCACCCCGCCGCGGGGUCCCGUUCUGGAUGCACUGAAACAUGACAACCUCAGCUGCAGACCAGCGCCCCUCCUCUCAGACACCACAUCACGCGUGUCACGAAGGAGACCUUGUAUGGGGCUAUCCCCCCCCAACUUUGAAGUACAAUUUUCAUACAAGGGAAUCACGGAUCUGGAAGUGUCUAUUCAUGGGGUUUCGACACACGCACGUAGCUCUCAGCCAGGCCUCUUUCUAGCCACAGAGCACGCCGUCGCCCCAGAAAGCUCCCUCCUGCUGUUCCCCGUCUGUCCUCCCGCCACCGGGCAAGCCCGGCCACGGCAGACAUUCUUGACCUCGUGACGCUGUAGGCGCAUCGAGGGGAUUAUCCACUUUUUAGGGAAAAGAAUGCGUGAUGACAUUCAUCUGACCGGGAGCUCACAUGGUAGGUUGAGUUCAUUUAAAUAAGGACCAAUACAUACCUGUGGGAACCCUGGUCCCAGUGUGAAUACAAAGUUACAAAAGUUAACAACGUUUGGACUAAUGAGGACGUGAGGAACAAAAUCGGGAGGGACAACACCGGCUUCCCGAGUGUCCUAACAAAUGACCACGUCUGGUGGCUCAGGACGACAGAAACGGAUCCUGUCCCGGCUCCGGAGGCCGGGGUCCGGCAUCCAGGCAUCUGCUGGCCGCCGCGCACAGCCCGAAGUCUCUGCAGAACGUUCCCUGCUUCUGCCAGUUGGUGGCGGGUGCCUCUGGGCUCCUAGCUGCACCCCCGGAGCUCAUCUCUCCCCCCAGCCCACGGGUGCCGUUCCCCCGCGUGUGACUUCUCUUUUUCUCUCUCCUGACAGCUCUUAAACUGCUUUCUGCCCAAGAUAAUCCCAAGAUCUCUACCUUGAUCACGUCUGCAAAGAAAGGCCCUGUUCCCGAUACGGUCACAUCAGUUGUCCUGAGCGGACAUAUCCUUUUGGGGGGCCACAAUCUAACCCGUUACAGGGCAUCAACCGGUCAGCCUGAGGCCUACCUGGGAGCCUCUCCUGAACCCCAGACCCACUGCCCCCACGUGCAAGCGGCCAGAACCCCACCCCCAGGCCCCCUGAGGCCCUGGCCCCCAUCCACCCAACCCCAUCUGCCUCUCUCCGGUGAGAGGCCCCUGCCGUAGAGCUGGGGCGCAACUCUCUCAGAGAAUUAUUCUCUUUGUAAACAUCUUGCUGUUCUCUGGAGUCUGGAGGUGUCUGGGGGGAGCAGGCACGUGUGUGUCCAGGUCCCCGCCCGGCCCCACCCUACCUAUGCUUCCACCUGCCUGCCCUUGAACCUGCCUUUCCAAACAGACUUCUGGAACAGUGUUCAAUCAGAAAAAUGGCUAUUUCCAGAGGGUGGGGUUUAGGCCCUUUUUCGAUUUCUCCCCUGUCCUUUGUAUGGCUUUGAUUUCUUUGGGUAAGACUGGACCGCUCCUACAACAACAAAAUGAUAACUUUUUAAAAAUUGGGAUGCUUUUUUUUUAACCUAUAAGCUUACCAAGGCCAUAGAAGUGGAAGCCCUCAGUGUCAAAAACACUGUAGGAAAUAGGCCCCUCUUACCGUGUUGGAGUCUUUCUCGUGGUUCAGAAACCUUUGAAAACAGGAAGCCUGUGUGACCAAAGCACCCAUGGAAAAGUUAGCCUAAAAACGAUUAGGAGGGUGCACCGAGAUUUAUAAAGAUUUAUAUGGA